AGCCCGAGAGCAAUCAAAUAAUAUGGAGGGAGGUAAAGCAGGGCCACGUGAGCGAGCACGAGACACGGAGCGCCGUCGUUUAAGGCAGGGCAGAGGGCGGAAGCUCUAAAGUCAUAUGAUCGAUUCGUGACAGAGCUCGUCGUUCUCCACUCGUAAAGAUGGCCAGCCAGACGCAGGGUAUUCAACAGCUUCUGGCCGCGGAGAAACGCGCCGCCGAGAAGGUCUCGGAUGCCAGGAAACGUAAGGCUCGUCGCCUAAAGCAGGCCAAAGAGGAAGCUCAGGAUGAGAUUGAGAAAUAUCGACAGGAACGAGAAAAACAGUUCCGCGACUUUGAAGCCAAACACAUGGGUUCUAAAGAGGAUGUAGCUGCGCGUAUCGAGGCUGAUACACGAGUCAAGAUAGAAGAAAUGAAUCAGGCUGUCACUGUGCACAAAAACCCAGUCAUGCUUAAAAUCUUGGAAUUGGUGUAUGAUAUCAAGCCGGAACUGCACAUUAAUUACCACAUUGAGGUCUAAGCCACAAGGAUUGCAUCUACAUAGCUAUAAAUAUGAGAUACGUCUCUUACGCUAUGAAUAUACAUUAAAUAUUACUGUUCACCAUAUCUCAAUAUGUAUUUAUCGUUGUUAUAUCGUGUAACAUGUUAUAUUUUAUUGGAGAAACUGUAUACAAUGUAGUUGUAGGCAGUGAUACUCAAACUACUACUAGAAACUUCUUCUCCCGCAGUUGCUACACGACAAUAAAUGUAAUCGUAUUGUUAUUAUCGCUGAGCUUUUCACUGGCACGGUAUACGGACAGUUUGAGAAUUGCUGUAAUGUAGUUGCAUCGUAACAAAGAAAAGAUAAAAAAAAGUAACGUAUUGAACAGAGUAUCGUCGACCCGAUGCGUCAAGGCCUAGACACAUCGGGACGAUGUACGUUAAGAUAGAUAUGGUUAAAGCAAUUUUAGGGUGAUGGUAAUGAGUUGUAUGUUCGGUGUAUAUCAUUAGAUGUCAUUCCAUUUGAUUCUGUCGCAUCGAGGACGAUAUUUUUCUCUACAACCUUUCGCGGUCUACGGACAUGCUCCCAGUCGACGGUGGACCACGCGACGAUGUAGCAUUCAAACUUCUUGUCUUUUAGCAGGAACAUUAUAAGUCUUUGUUCUUCUUGCGAGAUGGGCAGCUUUGCCUUACAUGUAUAUCUUUAUCUCUGUGAGCUGGUUGGUUGUCUGUACAGUAUUAGUGUUCAAAAUACAAAGGAAAAAAGGAAAGGAAAACCCACAAAA